GCUAAAUUUAAAAAAAAAUAAAACAAUGUUCUAAUAAAAAAUUUGUCAAAUAAUUUUUAAAGAUGCUUUGUGAUCCAAGUCCAAGAUUUGCAGAAUGUAAAUGUGAGAUCCAUAAAACUCACCCGCACAAACCUCUCUCCAUUUUAAUUCUUGACUGUUGGCAACGGGAAUACGACAAAAGGACGUAUGAAAAUUUUCAAAUAAACAAAAAGUUUUUCGAAGAACGAAUGAAGAGAAUUUUUACAGAACAAGAUUGGUUUGUUCUUAUUGAUUAUCUUAUGAAACGAAAACCAAAAAGUGUACAAAUAUGCAACAUUGAAAUACCUGAUUUCAAAAAUGUUACUUUGUUGGAAAAUCUUAUCAAGGGAUUCAAAAAUGCUGAAACUAUUCAACUCAAGAAUGUUUCCCUUUCAACUAGUUUUCUUUUUGGACUUCAGAAAAAUAUCAACUCGCUCAAAUUCAAACAUUUAGAUCUAAGUCAAAAUGAAUUAUCUGCGGAGCACUUGUUACAUCUCCGGUGCAUUUUGAUACAAUCUGAUAUUCUUGAAUAUUUAAAUGUCGAAAAUUGUUUUAUAAAUGAAAAUACAUUUCCGAUUCUUGCUGAUGGCUUACAUAAAUCGAAGAGUAUUCGAUGUAUUAAUAUAAGUCGACCAUGUCCUAUGUCUAGGGGAAGUAUUUUCGAUAGCAGCAAAUUAAUCAACAUAGUAUCGCAGCUGAUUUGGCAAAAUAAGUUAACAACUUUAAUUCUGCGUCAUUUAAAUCUCAAUGGACACGAUAUGGAAAUAAUUUCCGAGUACUUAGAAACGCCAAGUUCAAAACUACAACAUUUGGAUUUAAAAUCAAAUAAUUUAACUUCACAUGGAACUGAAGUACUUUUUAAUGCCCUCAUGAAAAACAAAGCUUUGCAGACGUUGAAUUUAUGUGGAAAUAAUUUGGGAUCAAAAGGUGGCAUUGUAAUAGCAAGACAUAUUUCUUAUUCCAACAUUCAAUCCCUCGACAUUUCCCACAAUCAAAUUGAUUGCGAAGCAAUGUACGAGUUGCUAACCGCAAUAAAGAAACCAUGUGGACUUCAAAUUUUUAAAAUUUAUGGAAAUAAAUUCAACGCAAAAACAGCGUCUAUUUUGAAGCGUCUUCUAAGAGCAAAUGUUUUGAAUCAAAAUGAUAUCGAUGUAACUUACACGUGGGACCAUUCCAAAAAUGAAUUAUGUGUUAUUCCUUAUUUUGGGAUUGAAAGAAUGCAUAUUUGAAUUUGUAAUUAAUAA